AUGCGCUGGCGGAGGUUCCUGCGCUCCGCGCUCCCCAGCCCGGCGAGCCAGGAGGAUGCAGACAAAGGCUCCGUCUCCCUCGCUCGCACUCCGGCGCUGACAUCACGCUGCCUCCGCCAGGCGAGCCCAGAGCGCAGCAGGCGCGGCGGGACCGCCCCGAGCCCCAGCCCCGAGCGGACCGGCCCCGGCUCAGCCCCCCUCCCAGCGCCCGGUGCCAGAGCCAGCCCCGGAGCCGCAAUGGCGGAGUACUGCAGCCUGCUGAAGGAGCUGGCGGAGAACAUCACCAAUGAGGACCUGGACCAGCUGAAGUCGGCCUGCAAGGAGGACAUCCCUAGUGAGAAGCACGAGGCGAUCACCACGAGCAAAGACUGGUUCAGUUUCCUGGAGGAGCACAACAAGCUGGACAAAGACAACCUCUCGUACAUCGAGCACAUCUUUGAGAUCUCGCGGCGCCCGGACCUGCUGACCGUGGUGGUGGAGUACCGCACCCAGGUGCUGAAGAUCUCCGAGGAGGACGAGGUGGACACCAAGCUGACCCGCAUUCCCAGCGCCAAGAAGUACAAAGACAUCAUCCGGCAGCCCUCGGAAGAAGAGAUCAUCAAACUGGCCCCCCCACCCAAGAAAGCCUGA